GGGUUCCACAUCCUGCACAGCAUGAGGCCCGCUUCAAACACAGAUCUGAUCCCUGAGGAGUGCCGGACCAUGCUGCAGGACUUCAGUCUGUAUGUGUUAGUGGUCACUGCACAUGCUCAGUGGGACAAUGUGUUGUGCAGGAGUUUGGGUUCCGCUCUGAAAGAUAAGUGUCUCACGGUCGUGAAUCAGCCGUCAUCUGAGCAUGAUGGAGAUGUGAUGAUGUCAGAGACCAUGAAGCACUUCCUGCUGCUGUCCCCCCCUCUCCUGUCAUCUGUGUGUGGCCUUCACUCAAACAGUAUGGCCUCAGCUUCAGUACGGCUCUCCCCCCCCAGGCUCACUUUGCAGAGCCAGACCGUUAGCUUGCUGUUAGCCACCGUGCAGCUGUCUACAGUGUGGGUCAUGUCCAAGGCUUACCAGUUCCUGUCCUCAUGGAGCCUCAACAAGUUCCUACUCAUCUCACAGGGAGACCUCAAGGUGCUCUCAGAGUCAUUGGAGAUGAUGCUGCAUCAGACUAAAUCCCUGAUGAUACAUUUAGAUAGUAACCAAAGUUCCAGUGUCCACCCCCACAGCCAGCUCCUGCUGCGGCGGCGCCUGGGAGCGCUGGACGGAGCGGUGUCCGAGCUGCAGACCUUCUCCUCCCUGCUGCUGCACACCUUCUCCAGUGACUGCAAGAGGAUGUCAGGGGAGAUCUUUGAGCAGACCAUGCCCUCUGCUGGACACUGGAGACCCAGCCUCAGGACAGGUUUUCCCAGCAGCCCCAGUGAAUAUGUGUCUCUGGCAGCUCAGACUGUGAUUGGCCAGGUUUUAGAGGGCGUGGCUCCACUGUCCGAGGAUGCCCGUGUCCAGGCUCUGAGCAUCACAACCACAGCUUUCAUGGAGGCCUGGAUGGAGCACAUCCUGAAACAGAGGAUCAAAUUCAGUGUGCAGGGGGCUCUCCAGCUGAAGCAGGACUUUGAUUCCAUCAGAGAGUUGAUCCAGUCUGACAGAUACGGUCUGUCAGCAGAACUCCACCAGCGCCUGCUCAGCCUCCGGGUGUUCCAGCAGGUGGACUCAGCCGUGAUGUGCCUGCUCCAGCAGCCGCAGGCCAAACCGUACCUGAGGCCCCGAGCCUGGGAACCGUUCACUCGCUGCUGCCCGGCCAGCAGCAGAGACAGCAUGGACGCAGCAGGCGGGAGCAGUAUCACAAACCUGAGGAGCAUGGAGGGGGAGGAGCUGACUCCGUGUGAUCCUUCAGUGGUGACCUCUGACCUCCCUCCUCUGAACCUCUCCUCCCCUGGAGAGCCCUACCUCGCCCCCAGUGCUGCUCUGGGUGCUGCUCAGAGGGAGUGGCUGGAGCUGAGGAUCCACAGCAGCACCCCCCGCUGGAGGCUGCCGGGACUGCACUGCCUCUGGAAGUCUGAACCCUGACCACACACUCACACACACGGCUCUUUGGAAUCAAAGUCGUAGUUUGAUGUAUUCAGUACAAACAUUUUAUUUUGGUUGUGAAUAUGUUUUGCAAAUAAGAAUGUGAAAACCCCCAUGUAUUAUUUUUAAUAAUGUAAAGAAGAUUUCAUAAUUUCUUUUAAAAUAUAUAAGAUAUUUGUUUUUACCACUUUUCAGCAAACAUAUUUUUUUAUUUGUGAAUAAAACAUUUUUUAUUCAAUA